AUGUCUACCCUUUCUGCUGAAUCCGUCAAUGAAAUCAAGCAGCUGGCUGCUGAUGCUACAAAAGACCCCAUCACCAAUAUCCCAGGUGUCUCCAUUGCAGUAAUUAACAAAAAUGGUGACCUUCUAGUAGAACAUGCUGCUGGAAAAAUCGGAGUCAAUUCAGAUGAACCAAUGACAACAGACAAUACCUUCUGGAUCGCUUCCUGUACAAAAGUUUCUGCCACAAUUGUUGCUCUCCAGGCUGUUGAAAAGGGAAUUGUUUCCUUAGAUUCUGCUGAUGACGUUGAAAAAUGGUGCCCUGAACUUGCAAACAUCCCUAUAAUUAAAGAUAUUACCAAUGAUGGUACUGUCACCCUAGUCCCUAAGAGUACCCGUAUCACUCUUCGUAUGCUUCUUUCUCACACUUCCGGCUUUUCUUAUACCUUUUUCAACAAAAACUACAACGAAUAUGCUAAGCUCUUUGGUCUUGAUGAACUCAAUGGUGGCCCUGGUUGCGUGAACAAGUUCCCCCUAGCUUUCGAGCCAGGUACUAACUGGGGCUAUGGUGUAGGCAUUGAUUGGGCUGUAGACGUUGUAUCACGUGCUUCUGGAAAAUCCUUCCAGCAUUUACUUUCCGAAGGAAUUUUCCAACCUCUCGGAUUUACUCUUGUCUCUACUACCCCCUGUGAUGCCAUCAAAUCACGUCUUGUCAAGUUGCAUCAGCGUGAUCUAGAUACUGGCAAACUUUCUGAAAUCCCCCAAUCCAUGAAAUGGCCUCUUUCUGACAAACCUGACCUUGCAGCACAAGCUUACCAAUCUGGUGGUGCAGGUAUUUUUGCCAAACCUUCAGAAUAUGUCCGUAUCUUUAGUGCCUUGCUCAAUGGUGGUGUUUAUGCCCCUACUGGUGCUCGCUUACUUCGUGAAGAGACUGUUAAGCUCAUGUUUGAGAAUCAAAUUCCUCAAUGGCCUGAUUUUGCCCGUCAAGGUAUCCAAACUACUCAACCUUUGGUGAGUCACACUCUUCCUGAAAUUUUCCCUCAAGAGGGCAAUCCUCCUCAGGGCUGGGGUCUUUCUUUCUUCUUAACUCCAACUGAAACUCCUUAUGGCCGUGGCAAAAAUACCGCCUUUUGGUGUGGCAUUGCCAACUUGUACUAUUGGAUCGAUGUUGAAAAGGGUGUUGCUGGCUUUGUGGCAGCACAGUUGUAUCCGUUUGCUGACCCGCAAGUGCUCAAGUUGUGGAUUGAUGUCGAGGUAGCCACCUAUAAGGGCUUGACUGUUGCAUAA